AUGGAUCAGAGGAAGCAAAAAACAGAACGAGGAUUGGACUAUGGCACCUUACGGGUCAGAAUAAACAAUGAGACAUUUGUCUCAAAUAACACAAAGCAGGAGACCAAGAACCGUUUGGCACCCUUUACUAACCUCCGCAAGAAGCACCUCAGCAAGUGUCUGAAGGAGGAGAAAAGGGCCUUACAAGAAGAGAUCAAGGUGUUCUGGGAGAAGAACAAAGAUUUCCAUGAAGAGAUCAAGGCCUUUCAAGAGGAGAACAAAGCCAAGGCCAUGAAACUGGAGAUUAAGGCCUUCCAAGAAAAGAACAAGAACUUCAUGGAAGAGAUCAAGGCAUUUCUGGAGGACAACAAGGCCUUCCUGGAAGAGAUCAAGGCCUUCCAACUGAAAAAGAAAGCUUUCCAGGAACAGCUUAGCACCAUUCAAGAAAAGAUUGAAGCCUUCCAGGAGAAGAUCAAGGUCUCUGAGGAGGAGAUUGCGGCCUUUGAGGAAAGGGAUGAGGCUUUCCGGGAAAUAAUCAGAGUCUUCCAGAGAAAAAACAAGGGCUUCCAAGAAAAAAAUAAGGCCCUGCGUGAGAAAAACAAAGCCUUGCAGGAAAAGAAUGAAGCUGCCCAGGAGAAGAACAAUACUUUUUGGAAGGAAUACAAAGCUUUCUGGAAGAAGGACAAGGUCUUCUGGGAGGAGGAUAUGGCCAUCUCAAGGGAUAAAAUGGCCCUCUGGGAAGAGUACAUGGCUUUCAGGGAGAAUGAUCAGGACCUACAAGAGGAAAAAGGAGCUCUUUGGGACAUGGUAGAAGUCCUGUGGGAUGAGAAAUAUGCCCUGUGGAAGAAGGUAUACAGCCCAGCAGGAGAACAACAACUAGCUGAAGCUGCAGAGAACAAUGCUGAUGGUGAUCAUGGCCCAGCUGUACAUACUAUGACAAACGCACCAAGGCAGGUCUAG